AUGGAGCGGCUCGACUCCAAGUUCCACGAGAAGUACACUGCUCUCAAGAAGAGGAAGCUGCUGUACGAGGGGCUGGAGCGGAAGCGGGAGGCGCAGCUCAAAGAGCUUUACGAUGCCAUGAAAGAUUGGGUCAGCGAUCUCAACAAAGACAAUGCGGAGCUCAACGAGAAGCUGGUGGAAAAGCAGGAUGAGCUCGAGAAGACCCGUCAGGAAUUCCUUGAAGAUAUUCAUACAAGGGACAGUGAAAUUCUGAGGCUGAAGCAGCUCUUAGAUGAGAAGGCUGAAAAGAGCAAUUCUAAAGCUACUGGUCUUCUUGGCAGAACACCUGAAUCUAUCCUAGAAAAUUCAACUCUAAUGUCACCUAAAAGAAAGACACCACUUUCCCACGGCAAGGUAAAGAGGGUACAGUUGACUGAAAAUGCUCCUCACAGUAGCCCCACGGAGGAAUCUCAAGAGCUAGAAUGCUCUAUAAGACAUAUGUGCAUCUCAGGGAAUGGGACAAAAGAAAUUCGGGGUGCUCAUGUGCUUUGUUCGCUGCUUCAAUCUUUAGUUCGCAUGAAGAUCUCAGUAAAAGAUGAAACAGAAAUAUUUUUGAUUUCAGUCUCUCAUGAAGCUAGUGGUUACAGUUUCACCCUCACUUGGUUAGAAAAAUCUGAUGAAUGGUCCUAUAAGCUCUCCUCGUUGGGCACCCUGGAAAGGAUAGCUGCUGAUUGGAUGAAGCAAGACAUAAGAUUCAGCAUGAAUAUGUGCCGUAGCUGUAUCGGUCUGCCUAACAAACUUGUAAAUGGAAGCCUCCCGAUGUAA